CAGGAGGCGCCCCGCGUUCGCAGGCAGGGAGCCCCAGCGGCCGUGCCGGCGCCCGGGGUGGCCGCGCUGCAAGGCGGCGGGGCAGGGAAUGCGGGGCACGAUGGUCAGCAGCCCGGGGCUGCUGCUUCUCGGCCCUGGGCAGGCGGACUCCGAGCCGCAGCUGCCCUGGGCCAGCAGCAGGCGGCAGCUCGCAGGCGCUGUCAGCGCCUGUCCCGGCACGGAGCUGGGGCUGCAGCGGCUGCAGAGCCCCAGGGGCCGGGGCUGCGGGCACCGCCGAGCUCCCGGAGGCUGCGCUUGGCUCCGCCGCUGCUGCUGCCGCAACUCUGGGCAGCGGGGACAGCGCAGCCGGAGCUGCCGCCGCCCUGCCGAGCCUCGGGCUCCCGCAGGGCCGGCAGCAGCACUGACCGCUCAUCGUGUCCCUUGCAGGGUGCCACCAGCGCCGCUGUAAAGCUGCUCCCGAGGCCGAGCUCCCAAAGGCUUGGCCGGCACUCUGAAUGCCUCCAGAGCAAGGUGCUGAUUAUUCGUGUCAAAAAGAUGCCGGUUGUGAGCUGGAGGAGAGUGAAUUCUGUUCCAUUAAUGGAGUUGGGAAGAAGCUCCUGCAUCACCAGGACGGACCAGCAGCCGGGGUUCCGCACUUGCCUGGGGCACAAGAAGCCACUCGGCACAAGCAGGGGGAUGCCCCUUGUGAGCGUGCAGUGAGUGAAGAUGUGGAGAGUGGAUUCUGCAGCAGGGAUGGGAGUGUGAGGGAGCCCCUGGCUCCCCAGGGCACAUCAGCAACCGGCAACAAACACAAAAGGGACCUCAGAAGAUUCCUGGGUGAACGGCUCAGGCGCCAUCCCGAGGGCACGGCGCUGCUGAUCCUGCUGCUGCUGCUGCUGCUGCUGGCUCUGCUGGUGGCCUUGGCUGUGCUGGCAGCACCGCAGGCUCCAGUGACAGCUGCCACUCCGCUCGUGGUUCUGGGCUGUCCCCCUGGCUGGGUUGGCUACAACGGGGUCUGCUACUACUUCUCAAGGGAUUACGGCACCUGGGAGCAGGGUCAGGAACGCUGCUCCGAGCUGAACGCCUCCCUGGCCAUUGCCAAGGAUGAGGAGGCCAUGGAUUUGCUCUUCCGCCUCGGCGGGAACGGCGAUUACUGGCUCGGGCUGCGCAGACGGGGCCAGCGCCUGCACUGGGGGGACGGCAGCAGCUACAGCUCCCGGGUUCCUGUCCUCGGCAAUUCCGACUGCGUGUUCCUGGCUGAGAAGAAAUUCAGGAGUGGGAACUGCUCAAGUGAGCGGCCGUAUGUCUGCAGCAAGGCCCCAGCUCCCCUGUGACGGGGGCUGCAGAAAGGACCUUCUCCACGCUGGGCAGUGCCAGCUUCCCCUCUCAGCGCAGCCCAGGGCUGUCCUUCCUCAGCUGCACCCUGUGCCUUGCACUGCCUCUCAGGGUCACCUCAGUGCCUGUCCAUCCCCAGAGCCAGCGCUGGGCUGGGGCUGCAAAGGAAACGUCUCUGCAAUCCAUCCUGCCACCCAUGCUGCCUGCAGGGAGUGCAGUGCCCUCAGGACA